AUGCAUGCCGACCCCGAGCAUCGUUGGGACAUCUCGACAAUGACGGUGAAGGAGGCGUUGGUGAGCUGGAAGGGCCCGGCGGUGAAGGCCGCCAUGGAGGAGGAGAUCCGCAGCCUCAUCAACAUGGGCACUUGGGAGCUGGUCGAACGCCCGCCGGGGGUGAACAUCAUGAAGAACCGGAAGGUGCUGACGACGAAGUACCACGUCGACGACACCGUCGAGCGCGAGAAGGCAAGGCUGGUCGUGAAGGGCUUCACCCAGGUGUACGGCGCCGACUACGACGAGACGUUCGCGCCGGUGGGCAGCUACGUCACGCUGAGGAUUUUCCUCAGCAUCGUCGCUGUCCUCAACCUCAACCUGCAGCUCGACAUGAAGAACGCCUUCCUGCAGAGCAAGCUCGAUCGGGUGCUCUACAUGCCGGACUACUUCAACGACGGAACCGGCCGGGUAUGCAAGCUGCUGAAGAGCCUGUACGGCCUGAAGCAGUCGCCGCUGCUGUGGUACUUGGCGCUCAACGACGUGCUGGUCGGCGCUGGGUGGAAGAAGAGCCAGGUCGAUGAGGCUCUGUACUUCAAGGUCGGCGACGACGGAGUGGCCUGCUGGGUGCUGGUCUACGUCGACGACCUGCUCGCCGCCAGCAGCAGCACCGAGAUGCUGAAGGAGCUGAAGGAGCUGCUGGAGCCCGCCUUCGAGCUGUGUGAGAUCUCGCCGGUGCAGAAGUACCUCGGGCUGGAGAUCGUCCGCGACAGGUCGGCGGGGAAGCUGUGGCUGCACCAGCAGGGCUACGCCGACAAGCUGCGUAGGCGCUUCAUCGACGAGGAGCAGACCGGGCGCACCCCGAAGACGCCGGUCUCGGUCGACGCCUACGCCGAGCUCACCUUCGACGACGAGGAGGCACAGGAGCGACAGGAGGAGGAGUGUGAGGGGAGCAGCCGACCUGCAGCAGUGGGCGAGCUGGUUGACGAGGAGGUCGACUUGCACGGGGGCCACUGCACGGGCGCCGACUUUAGGGAGGUCGACCUGGGAAGUCGACCUGCGGAGGGCGUCGACUUGGUGACGCCAACUUGGGGCAGCCGACUUGGGUGGUCGGCUGACAGGACUACUGGUCAACCUGGUGGUUGGUCGACCAGGCCUGCUGGUCGACUUGGUGGUUGGGCGACCAGGAGUGACGUCGACCUGGAGCUGGUCGACCAGGGGUGUGGUCGGCCUGGUGGUGGUCGUCGACUUGGGAGGUCGACGGGCACAUACAGGAGCAGCUGGUCGACGUGGUUGCCCGGUCGACCAGGUUACCUGGGUGAUGAGGUUCUGCGGAGGAGUGCGACGGUCGCCCAUGCGAAGUUGGCGAGUCCGACCUCGGUGGUGGUAUUCCGAGGUCGACGUGGCUAA